AUGUCAAACAAGAAGGGAAAUGUUAUUUUUAUAAUAUUGAUAAAUAGAAUGGAUAGUAUUUUAGAUUAGAGAUAAGUAACCUUCAGUAUUGCGCCAACUUCUGCAGAGAUCAUACACUCGUACUUUGUCCAGUUUGUAUACGAACGAGUUAGAAAAAUGAGUGACGUUGAAAGACUAUUAAAGCAAGCUGCUAUGCAAAUCGGUGCUGGUGGAAGUGCGGGAUUUGUAGAAGUCUGUAUAAUGCAUCCCCUUGAUUUAGUUAAAACGAGAUUCCAGCUACAAUCUUCCAGUUCAGCUUUAAAAAGUUCCGAUCCUCACUACUACAAUGGUAUCAUAGACUGUAUGAAGAAAAUGUAUAAAUAUGAAGGAUUGACAUCAUUUUGGAAAGGAAUCUUGCCGCCAAUAUUGGCAGAGACACCAAAGCGGGCUGUCAAGUUUGCAACUUUUGAGCAAUACAAAAGGUUUUUCAUGUUUGGCUCCAGCACACCCACACCAUUAACGUUUUCCUUAGCUGGUUUAGGGGCAGGUAUUACGGAAGCUAUUUUAGUCAACCCUUUUGAAGUUGUUAAGGUGACAUUACAAUCUAACAAGUCAUUGGCUACCCAGGUACCUAGUACUUGGUCAGUUACAAGACAGAUUGUAAGAGAAAAUGGGUUAGGAUCAAAAGGACUAAAUAAAGGAUUGACUGCGACUAUGGCUAGAAAUGGAAUAUUCAACAUGGUUUAUUUUGGUUUCUACCAUAGUGUGAAAGGAUAUAUCCCAGAAUAUGAGGAUCCACUUUUAGAGUUCAGUCGUAAGAUAGCCAUUGGUUUUACAUCGGGCGUGCUGGGGUCAUGUGUUAAUAUACCAUUUGAUGUGGCCAAGAGUCGUAUACAAGGUCCACAGCCUAUACCUGGUACUGUCAAAUAUAAUUCCACUGUCGGCACCAUUGCCCUGGUUUAUAGAGAAGAAGGAUUUCGCGCCCUGUACAAAGGCCUGCUGCCGAAGGUACUCCGACUGGGUCCAGGCGGAGCUAUCAUGUUGGUCGUAUACGAUUAUGUAUACAAUUUCCUAGAGAAUAAGUUCCAAGAUAAAACGCAAUGAUUUUUAUCAAAUACCAAAGACAAUUUUUGAAUUUUAACGUAUGUGCAAUAU